UCUCAUCAUGUGAAAGCAAAUGAAUUGUCUUCCACAAAGCUCAAUUCGAUUUGUAAAACCUCUGCAUUGGCUAUUCAGAAGAAAUCAAACCGGAAUCACAAGUUCUCGGUAUCUGCAGGGUAUCGAGAUGGGAGUAGGAGAGGAAGCGGUGGCGAUUUCAUAGCUGGUUUUCUUCUGGGAGGCGCUGUCUUUGGCGCUGCCGCGUAUAUCUUUGCUCCACAGAUCCGAAGAUCGAUUCUGAGUGAGGAGGAUGAGUAUGGUUUCAAGAAGCCGCAACAACCAACAUACUACGAUGAAGGUUUAGAGAAAACAAGAGAGACACUGAAUGAGAAAAUCGGACAACUUAACUCAGCAAUUGACAAUGUCUCGUCGCGUUUAAGAGGUCGACAACAGAACACUUCUUCGCCCAAUGUACCGGUCGAAACUGACCCAGAAGUUGAAGCUACGACCUGA